CGAGCUGCGAAUCGCCUGAGUGAGGACGCAUCAAACCAACUCGCAAUAGGUCUGAUACCGCGCCUAUAGGAGAUGUUGACACGUGUAAAAUACACGCGGAAUGGAACUUCACUUCUCAGCUCUCAAUUCGCACCCAUCUACUCACUCUGGGAGAAAUGUCGAGAAGGGGAAAACGAAAGGACGAAGAUGAGUAUGCUAGCGAUGGAGAUUUGGAUGGGUCCACCCAUCCCAAGAAAGCUCCAAGAACAGAUUCUGACGACUCCGAUACCAUCACAAUCUGUGAUAUAUCGAGGAAUCGAAGGGUUUCUGUGAGAAGCUGGCAAGGGAAGGUUGUCGUUGACAUUCGCGAAUUUUACAUGAAAGAUGGCAGGCAAAUGCCUGGAAAGAAAGGUUCUGUUGGUAGGGAGAUAUGUAAUUUCAUCAUCAUCAUAGAGUCAAUUCCAGUUUUGCUGGUGGUCCUCAUCCUGGAGCUGGCAGAUUAACACAAGGAUUUCCAAUGAAGGGAAGGGAAGGAGGGAGUCCCGGAAUGCUCAGCUGCAGAAAUUGUCACCAUACCUCGAUCCUAUUGUUGACCCAAAAAGAUGAAAAAGCUUUACUCAAGCAUCUUUCUAUCUUCAACAGGUCCUUUUUUAGUCCAUACGAGCUGGUGUGUAAGGCUGCCAUUUCCAUGCCAAUACAGAUAUAAGGGCCCCAUUUAAUAAUAUCCAUCUUUUCUGUAGUUUUUACACUUGGUUCUUCCUUUUAACCAUGGAGGAAGAUUAAAAAUUCAUUUUAUACUAGAUCUAGGCCUAUUUACACAAGAUUUAUACUAGAUCUAGGCUAUUUACACAAGA